UUUCCCCAGAAAAUAAAAAAAACGGGGAAAAAAAAUACAAAAACCCCAUUUUAAAAAAUAAAAAUAAAAAUAUGGGAGCCUCCACGAGACUCGUUUUGACACUAAGCGUCGCCGUUUUGCUCGCGGCCUCGUCCGAAGCAAUUUUGCCUCUGCCGUUUCUCCCAUUGCUUCCCGGGAGAGGGAAUCCUGGCAAAACGCAAACGCCGAUCGCCGGAAAAAAACGCGCCGCUGGCGGCAAAGAUGGUCUGGCGGCCGAGGCGCAGACGAACUGGCCUGGGAAAUGGGAGCUGUUCAUGAAGAACUCUGGCGUUUCAGCCAUGCACGCGAUUCUGAUGCCUGUGAUCAACAAGGUUCAGUUCUACGACGCGACCAUAUGGAGGGUCUCUCAGAUCAAACUGCCGCCUGGUGUCCCGUGCCAUGUCGUAGACCCGAAGACGAACCGGCAAGACUGCUGGGCUCAUUCCGUCCUCGUCGACAUCGAGACCGGCGCACUCAGGCCUCUUCUGCUAAACACGGACACAUGGUGCUCGUCCGGAGGUCUGACCGUCAACGGGACGUUGGUUAGCACCGGUGGAUUCGGAGGAGGAGCCAACACAGCCAGAUACCUCCGUGACUGCGACAACUGCCCGUGGGUCGAGUACCCUAAGGCCCUCGCAACCAAGAGAUGGUAUUCAACACAAGCCACCCUCCCCGACGGCUCGUUCAUCGUGGUCGGUGGCCGAGACGCUAAAAACUACGAGUACAUUCCUCCCGAAGGGGUGAUCAACACAAAGCUCUACGACUCACCGCUGCUUAGAGAAACUACCGACAAGGAAGAGAACAAUCUCUACCCUUUCGUCUGGCUCAACACCGACGGUAAUCUAUUCAUUUUCGCAAACGACCGGUCCAUCCUCCUCAGCCCGAAGACCAACAAAGUAAUCAAGGAGUUCCCUAAGCUGCCCGGCGGUGCCCGUAACUACCCGGGUUCCGCUAGCUCCGCCCUCCUCCCCAUCCGCCUUUACAUCGUUAACCCGAAAAUCAUCCCCGCCGAGGUUGUCAUCUGCGGCGGCGCCAAGAAAGACGCGUACUACAGAUCGGGGAAGAAAAUCUUCGACAAGGCCUUGCAAGAUUGCGCAAGAAUCAGCAUCAACAGCCCGAGACCGGUGUGGAAAACUGAGAUGAUGCCUACGCCUCGGGUCAUGGGUGAUGCCGUGAUCCUUCCGACGGGCGAUAUCCUAUUCGUGAACGGCGCUAAACGCGGUUGCUCAGGAUGGGAAUACGGUAAAGAUCCGAACUUUGCGCCGGUCUUGUACAUGCCACGCGUCCGUAGAGGCCAGCGGUUCAAGGAGCUGGCCGCGACCACUAUCCCACGUAUGUACCACUCAACCGCCAUCGCUCUACCGGAUGGUAAAGUCCUUGUGGCGGGGAGCAACACCAACAACGGAUACAAGUACAACGUUGAGUACCCUACCGAGCUCCGGGUCGAGAAAUUCUCACCUCCUUACCUCGACCCGGCCCUGGCCAACCAGAGGCCGAAGAUCGUGGCGGGAGGAAACCCUAAAAAGAUCAAGUACGGACAGAAAUUCACCGUAAAAAUCCAACUGAACCAGCCUAAGUUCUGGAGAAACGACGUGAAACUGACCAUGUUGGCUCCGUCUUUCACGACACACAGCAUAUCCAUGAACAUGAGAAUGCUCCUGCUGGGUAUCUCGGGUGUUACCAACAAUGUCGGUCCGAACUUUCACGACAUUCAGGCCAUGGCGCCGCCGAACGGAAACGUCGCUCCUCCGGGAUAUUAUCUUCUGUUCGCGGUCUACAAAGGUGUCCCCAGUGUCGGAGAAUGGAUUCAGAUCGUCUAAUAAUGACGACGAUUGAUGUGAUGGUCGGAUUCUUUAUAUUCCUUUUUUUUUUGGUAAAUAUCUUAUAUGAUUAUGCUCGUGAGCGCUUCAACUUCGUUGGCUUGAAGAUUUUUUUGAAGUUGUGUGUUUUUGUCAUGAGCGAAUUGAUAGAGGAAUGUUUUCCAAGCAUUUGUUUAUGUGAAAUGUUUCUUUCAUUAUUGUGUAAAUGUUUUUUUAUUCUAUUUUUUUUUCUUGUAUUGGAUUUAGAUAUUACUACAAGUCUACAACAUACAAAAAAAAAAAUAGAAUAUGGUCACAAUUUCUGUGA